AUGGCGUAUCUCCAAAGGUCUGUCACUAACUAUUGCCUUGUUUGGAAAGAUCCUGACAUUGUGUUAGUCCAUGAUGCAGUCCGCCCAUUAAUUAAUGAGUCCAUCAUCCAACAAGUUGCAGUUGCAGCUAAGAAAUAUGGUGCUGCUGGAAUAGUGAAUCCCCUCACAUCAAACAUAAUUUCUGUUAAUUCUGACAGCUUCCCCUCUGAGUUUCUUGACAGAAAUCUUUACCAUGCCAGCGAGAUGCCUCAAGGAUUCAGAUUUGAUUUUCUAAAGAAAUCAUAUGAAAUGUGUACAAAUGAAGAUAUAGAACAUGGAACUGAAUGUUUACAUUUAGUUCAAAAGUAUACCAAUAUUAAUGCAUUUCUCAUUGAGGGACCACCCCUUUGGAAAGUUACUUUUAGAAAAGAUUAUUUUGCAGCAGAAGGAUGUCUUAAAGAAAAGUACCUAAAAGUUGGAUUAGUCAAUAUUCCCAACUCCAGUUUGGUAUCGGCUCUGAAAUAUCAUUUAGAGGAAUGUCAUAUCAAGAUUUGUAUAUUAAAUACUACUGAGGAGCAAUGCUCACAACUAACUAGUGUUGUGCUUGGUCAGACCAUUGUGGAUUUAGAUGGAAUUCUGAAUACAAUAGAGGAAUUAACUGAAAUGUGGACUGGAGAACCGAGAAGAAUUGUGCAAGGCGGUCUCAUUAUCUUCUUAAUCUAUGUAUCAAAGAAAAUUAUUUUUUCUAAAACUUUGAAUCAAUUGCAAAAGUAUACCAGAGGUUUGACUGAAAAAUUCCAAGGAAAUAUUUCACCAAUUUUCAUUUUAACAAAGGACAUGAAGAACACUGAAAGAAUUGUAAAGCUCAUUAAGUCGCUUCUCUGGGAGAUGUCAGAUACAUAUACGGGACAGGUAUUUGUACUAUAAGCUACAAAAUAUGAAAUACUUUAGCAUUUAAUUGCUUCAUUGCACAAUAAAAUUGUAGGUAAAAACUUUUCAGAUGAGUUAUUACCACUAAUAAUAAUUUCUUUUUAUAACUUCAAAAACAUUUUUUACAUUUUAUUCAUUCUUGCUUUGAAAAGAGAUGAAGUCAACAUUCUCAAAACAUUAAUAAAAAUGUUCUUCAAAACAAUAAAAGUUUUAUAAAAACAUAUAAUUUGUGUUGAGCUACUGACCAGCAUGUUAUUGCCAUUGAGUAAAGUUUUUUUUAAAUCUGUUUGCACCAGUUUACCUGACAGACAAAAACAAUUACUCCAGUAAAAAAAUAUAUUCACUGUUAUUAAUUUAUUUUUCCAUCCUCAUCAAAAAAUAACUAUGUUUUUAACAGACAGUGAACACCUACUUUGAAAAAGCUUUCAGAUUAUGGUGCCAAAGUCUGGGAUUCAAAUAUUGCACAAGACAUUUUUUGAAACAGUUUUCAUCAGGUGUUUUCAAUUUGAACAUAUUGCAAUUACAAUAUACAUAUUGUAAGAAAUCAUUUGAAAAUAUUUAGAUUUUGAAAUUUAAUUCAAGCUGAAAAAUGCAUUAAAAAAAGGCUAAUGUGAAAAUUGUGUACAGUAUAUUUUUAUUAUUCAUUAAGCAUACAGAUUGAUUGUUCUUGUUCUUGCAUGUAAAACAGUAAAAUCGUGAAGAUUGAGAUAUUAAUCACUAUAACAUCGCAUAUUGACACAAUGGUUACAAAUUUAUUUAUUGCUCCUCAUUUUUCCUUUUCCUUCUUCGCAUUUUAUUCUAAUGGAAGAAUAAAUUGAAAAGAGUAUUAAUUUUA